AUGCCGUGGCGAGACCCUGUUCCCUUGACACGCGCGUGGUGUUUGUGGGAGAUCUUCUGUGGCAUCAGCAACGAGGGCACAGAGGUCACCAUCCAACUGCCCAAGAGCGAAGAACAGGCGCUCGAAGACGCUAUUCGCGACAGCUAUAAAGCCGUCACAGACACGCUGGUGCGCGUGCAGGCAGAGCGAGCCGACGCCUUCAACCCACAUGACAAGCACAUGAUCUUCACAGCGAUCGAGUCGUGGGCGGGCGGAUUUGGCGCAGUCAACCAAGCCGUGAAGGACCAGCUGCGCGCGUGGUGCCUGCAAAAGGCGGUGGGUGCCGUCGAAGCAAUGCGAGCACGAGGCGAGGACAGCACAGGGGCGUUCGCUGGGCUGUGCAACCACGUUGGGGGGGAACGUGGCGCCGACACCUUCGGCAACCUCGGUAUCGCCUACGCCAGCAAGGGCGAGUACGACAAGGCGAUUGCGUACUACGAGAAGGCCCUCGCCGUCUUCGUGGAGACGCUGGGCGAGAAGCACCCAAGCACAGCGAACACGUACAACAACCUCGGCCUCGCAUACGACAGCAAGGGCGAGCAUGCCAGAGGCAUCCACUACUACGAGAAGGCCCUCGCCAUCAGGGUGGAGACGCUUGGGGAGAAGCACCCGAGCACAGCCACGUCGUACAACAACCUCGGCAGCGCCUACCACAGCAAGGGCGACUACGACAGAGCCAUUGCGUUUUACGAGAAGGCCCUCGCCAUCAGGGUGGAGAUGCUGGGGGAGAAGCACCCGAGCACAGCCGAUUCGUAUCUGGGCCUCGGCAACGCCUACUACAGCAAGGGCGAGUACGAUAAGGCGAUUGCGUUUUACGAGAAGGCGCUCGCUAUCACGGUGGAGACGUUGGGGGAGAAGCACCCGAGCACAGCGAGCACGUACAACAACCUCGGCAGCGCCUACUACAGCAAGGGCGAGUACGACAAGGCGAUUGCGUUUUACGAGAAGGCGCUCGCUAUCACGGUGGAGACGUUGGGGGAGAAGCACCCGAGCACAGCGAGCACGUACAACAACCUCGGCAGCGCCUACUACAGCAAGGGCGAGUACGACAAGGCGAUUGCGUUUUACGAGAAGGCGCUCGCUAUCACGGUGGAGACGUUGGGGGAGAAGCACCCAAGCACUGCCGAUACCUACGGCAACCUCGGCAUCGCCUACCAUAGCAAGGGCGACUACGACAGAGCCAUCCACUUCCACGAGAAGGACCUCGCCAUCACGGUGGAAGCGUUGGGCGAGAAGCACCCGAGCGUAGCCACGUCGUACUUCAACAUCGGCCUGCUCUAUGACAAGCGCGGUGACAAGGAGCAGGCCUGCGCCUACAUUCAGCACGCGCUCGACGUUUUUGCGACCACGCUCGGGCCAGACCACCCACACACCCUCAAGGCGGAGCGCAACCUGCGGCGCAUUCGCGGUGGUGCUGUGACUAGGCAGCACACAUCCACGCAACACGUGUCAGAGUCUCGACUUCAGCAGCAACAGUGCUUGCUCAUCGCAACCUUCUUCUUCGUUGCACAUGCUGACGUUGACGCAAGACGCCCAGCAAACACGGGCAGCGACGGUGAGGACAAGAAGACAGGGACUGGGCGAGAUGCUCCUCGUGGCUGCUCUGUACCAGCAAGGGCGAUGUACGAGGACGCUUGCGAGUGCCCUGGUGAGCCACUGGCCGGCUGGUUGCGGAAGCGUGGGCGACGGAGGGCCGCCUUUCGCCCGUGCUGGUGCAAGCUUGACGACGACCGCCUGACGUACAGCAAGGGUCCUUCCCUGGCAGAACGUGGGCGCAUCCCCCUUUCCAGCGUGCUGUCAGCUGAGCUCGCCCAUGGUGGCGAGGAGUUACACGUCGCUGUUCCCGGCCGCACCUUCGUCUUCCGCCUGCACGCGCGCUCUGACACCUCGCUCGCUGACUGGUGCACUGCCACCAACAGCCGGAUCAACGCCACCACUUGA